GAUCCUCUUGUCUUACUUGGUUAGUCGUAAUUUUCAUUUCUAUUCCAUUCUUCAAAUUAAAUUAAUUAAUAAAGUUUUAUUUCUUUGUGGUUGGCACUGUGCACCGCCCUCUGUUGUGCGAGCUCCAACAAUCUUCAGCUUCAGCUAUUCUGCACUGACAAAGUGCCCACAUUUUUCAACGUUUCGUUUAGGUCGGUGACUAACCCAGUAAGCUAUCUACCAUGGAGGAUCAGAAAGUUUCGAUUUUUCCUUAAUUGGGUAUAACUGCGCGAAGAGGGUAGUGAAGCAAUGCGUAGAGCGAUCGCGUUUCUCGUUCACCCACGAUUCCUCCUUCUCUUCCUUGUUCUCUCAAUUUUCCUCAUUUUCACAUUUUCUGGCUCUACUACUCCUAAACAGGUUGUUGAGGAGGAAACAGAAGAGGAGCCUGAAAUUACACACAGAGUAUUCUUGGAUAUUGAUGUUGAUAAACAACGUUUAGGUAGGAUAGUGAUUGGAUUAUAUGGCCAAGUUGUACCAAAAACUGUGGAAAAUUUUAGAGCUUUGUGUACAGGGGAGAAAGGCAAGAAUGCAAAUGGCUUAAAGCUCCAUUACAAAGGAACACCAUUUCAUCGGAUAAUAUCUGGUUUCGUGAUUCAGGGUGGAGACAUUGUUCAUCAUGAUGGCAAAGCGUCUGAAUCUAUUUAUGGUGGUACCUUUCCUGACGAGAAUUUCAAGAUUAAACAUUCUCAUGCUGGCGUUGUCUCUAUGGCAAAUUCAGGACCUGAUUCCAAUGGCUCACAGUUUUUCAUUACCACAGUGAAGGCCAGUUGGUUGGAUGGAGAGCAUGUUGUCUUUGGCAAGGUUGUUCAGGGCAUGGAUAUUGUGUAUGUAAUUGAAGGGGGUGCCGGAACCUACAGUGGAAAACCCAGAAAGAAGGUAGUGAUAGCAGACUCUGGGGAGAUACCCAAGAUCCACUGGGACGAGGAAAUUUGAACUUCUCCUUUUGGUGACCCACCACUAGCAAUAGCAUGCUUGGAUUAUAGUUUGGCAAAACUACGAUUAUUGAUUUGAUUGGGUUGUCUGGUCUUGAUGCUAGAUCUAAAAUCAUGAUUUCAUUGCAAGUUAGAAACGUAGUCAGAUUCAGAUCUGGCUUACAAAAUAUGAUCUAAACAUGCUGACUUGACUUAAAAAUUAAUUGCUAGAUUGCUAUUAAGAUGAUACUGAAUUCCAGUUUCUUUUAUACAUGACAAUCUUAGGAACAUAGUUUAAGUAUCAAAAAAAAAAAAAAACUUAGGAACAUAUUUGGUAUUUUUAAUACGUUUUAUAUCGUUGUUUGUUGUAUCUUUUUUAAUCAUUUGUGUAUCUAUGUUUCACACUUUAUAUUAACAUAGCCCUUUUGCUGUAGAGCAAGGGAAA